AACUGUUUACUGUUUAUCCUUAUUGGUGAAAUUUAACUUUUUCAUAUCGGACGUAGUUAUGCCUGUGUGGACUUCUGUUAGCAAUAAUGGUUACCUUGAACUUUUAACAAAACCAACAUAGAGUUAAUAAAAAUAGCUUCUUUUUCAUAAGAUGUCAAAGCGUUCUCUGAAUCAUUAGCAAUUCAAGUGAGAACUUUUUCUCAAGUAGAGUUGGAAACGUUACUUCUUUGUUCUACGUAACUUUUUAAAUAACAUCACUUUAUCACACUAAGUGAACCGAUGAUAAUGGUUAUUUUUUUAUAUGAUGCUCUAUUAUAAAUUUGGCUUUCCUUAAAGGAGUAAAGGUUUUUCGUCAAAUCUAGAUAUACUAAUAUUUAAUCAUGACCCCUCAUUGAGUUUAGGUUAGUUAUUGUUUCAAUUGUUUUUUUGAAACUACCGGGGACGAUACCCUACGUGUCUUGUAAAGGAAAGAAGAUCCACGAAAAUAGAGAUUUGUCCAACUUUGAGUCCGCAGCUUCACCUUAUAUGUAAUUUGCUGCAAAGACGUACUUUUGGUACAGUGAACAUCAUAUAAUAUUGUAUAUCUGAUACCAUACUGCAAAUCUAUUAAUUUGAUUUGUAUGACUCAAAAUGAUAAGCGGCAAAUGGUCGUUCGGUGCAUAUCUGAACUUGAAAAAACCUUUAAAACAUUAUUUCCUCUAUUUGAAAGCACCGUUUGAUGUUCCGACCUCUUAUUUUGCCAAAAUCACCAAGGUUAAGACCUAAUGGCGGACUUCGGACAAGUGACAUUUUUAGCUACAAUAUAACGUAUCCUAGAUGUAUUUUAAAGAGGUAGCUUGACUAGAAGCAGAACUUCCAGGUGUCAGAUUCGUGAACACCAACUCAUCAUCCAGAAGUCUGAGUAAACUUCUGUCAAAAAAAACAUUGCUAUAGACAAAAGAACAACGAUUGUAACGACUUUAAUCAAAUGCCACACAUCGGAGUUAUAACCGCUGUAACUCGGCUGAAAUCAGCGUUGUUCUCAUUACCCGAUGAUGUUAGCAAAUUACAGAUGGCGCCGAGUCGCCGCUCACUGAAGCGGGCUCCAUCGCGACGCUCAACUAGGAGAUCGAUCGGGAAGACAGGAGUCCAACUUGCUCACGCGAUCUUUUCAGAGGAUCUGGUGCCGACAUCGGCAACUCGAAUCGAGUUAUCCAAAGGUCGUAUGGCUGUUGCUGUACGGAUUCGGCCAUUAUCCGCUUAUGAAGAAGAGCAUAGCCAACGCCGCGUUGUCAGCGCACUGGACGAAAGACAGUUGAUUUUCGACCCAAAAAGUAGCUACGAGGAUUUAGAACGACAGCCUCGUGUGCAGGGUUCUAAGAUCGUCUCUAUGGCCGAAAAGAAUGAACAGUUCGAAUUCGAUCGGGUCUUCGAUGAGUCCAGCGAUAACCUUAAGGUUUAUGAAGAUACAGUAGUACCUCUCCUAACGUCAUUUCUUGACGGAUACAACUGCUCCGUGUUUGCCUAUGGAGCCACCGGGUCCGGAAAAACCCAUACGAUGAUGGGCCAGGACACAAAUCGGGGUAUCGUAUCACUAACGAUGGAGCGGCUGUUUUCGCAGCUUGAAGGUCUUGAAUCGGAGAACGUUAUUGAAGUGCAAGCAUCGUAUUUUGAAAUCUACAAUGAAAAUAUCUUAGAUCUACUUCGACCGGGAAAAAGCGAGGCAAAACCAUUGGAGAUCCGCGAGGCAGGAAAAAACGUUUUUAUCAGCGGUCUAUCACAUCAUGCUGUCACGACAAUGGAACAGAUCUUGGAACUUAUACAGGAGGGAAGCAGACGAAGAAGCCAAUCGGAAACUCAGGCUAACGCAAAAUCAUCCCGCUCACACGCUAUAUUUCAAAUCAGUCUCAAGAUCACAAAUAAAAUAACGCGUACACUUCAGGAGAGUAAAAUGUCUCUAAUUGAUCUAGCUGGCAGUGAACGGGCUGCAGGAGUGAACCGGAGCAGAGACCGUUUUAAGGAGGGAACGAAUAUUAAUAAAAGUCUUUUAGCAUUGGGCAACUGUAUCAACGCCCUUGCCGAAAACAAAAAGGCGCACGUGCCCUACAGAGACUCAAAACUGACCCGAAUCUUAAAGGAUUCGCUGGGUGGCACUGCCGUUACCUUGAUGAUUGCUGCAAUCAGCCCAUCAAACGCUUCGUAUGAGACGACGCAUAAGACAUUGUUGUACGCGCAGAGAGCUCGCAAGAUUCAGACGACGGUAACGAAAAAUCAGAACAAAGUUGCACUUGGCGGUGUUACUAAUUAUAUGACGCUGGUGAACACGCUUAGUGCUCAACUGCAAACAGCUCAAACGCAAAACGCACAAUUGCGUAAGCAGCUUCAGACGGAGCAGAGCAAUUCGGCUAAACUUCAAGCUAAAGUCGAAGACUUGCAAGUGGAAUUGAACACUGCAAGGAGUAAUAAUUCGAUAGGUGAGAGUUCGCCUCACGCUAAGAUUGGGCCAUCAGUGCUUGAAAUCGCUGAUAGAUAUACAGAAGAGCUAUUCCGCCAGGUAAUCAGAGCACGAAACCGAGAAAUUGAGGCUAUUUCCGCAGUGAAACAGGCGCAAUUUGCUCGCUCAUUAGGUUUGCCAUCAGAGAGCAUUGAUGUACUUCUGCAGAAUUCCCAAGCAAUGAGCCAGAAAAAACUUGACAUGGAUCGCAUGAUUGCUGAAGCACGAACAAAGGUAUCAACUAACGCUAUGUCACCGUUGGACAGUCGAUAUCUUCAUGAUACAACUCAAAGAGAGAUGCAGGAAACACAACAGCUAGCCGCACGUCUCAUUCAAAUGGCCCUGAAGGGAGGAGCUCAGCUCGAGAUACCUUUGACACGGUUCCUUGCCCUUGACAAUACCGAAGCGCUAUCCAUCCCACUAUCAGCACUAGCAUCAAAUUCUGAGUCUUCAUCUAUGGAUAUCCAGCAGCCAUGCACACCCGCACGAAAUGCUACCGAGUGUCCUUUAAACCAGACUUUUAGUAAAUUUGCAACUCCUCCGAUUCCAGCGCCUCGUUCUGCUAUCAAAAACAAUACAAUCACCAAGCAAACAAGUGCGAGUAACGUUCUGGGUUUCGACAGGGACGUCCAGGCAGUCCAAGGUUCGGCCCGACUACCACCAGUAAGCCUUGCUACCAAGGUCCGUCGCGUUCUAGUCCGCUCGCAGAGCACCCGAACGUUUGGCGAUAACAACACCAAUAACAACCAGAACAGCAUGCGGGCAUUUUUGCACCAUCAACCACCGAAAGCCAACUUCAUUAAAAAACCCACCUGGAAAUGAGGAGUCAAACGCGGUAUGGUCUGCUAGUAAAAAAAAUUUAUUUACAACCCAUGGAAUCUACGAUACGGGAUGGUAGCGAUAUAUUUAUGUAUAUAGCUAUGCCACACAUGUUUAGUUACCAAGAGUUUUUCUACGGCUGAGAAAUUUGUUAAAUUCGUUUAUCUUUGAAGCAAUUGACUUGGUGGAAAUCCAUUCAGAAAUACCUUUAACUACCGGACGUUUUAGAACAUAAGUUCUAAAAAAAAGGACCAAGCCGUCAUGAUACAAGUCUCAAAAGUUAAGAAAAAAAAAAUGACCGCUUUGAUCGUAGCGUCGCACUGUACUAACGACUUCUACUAUGACAGAACGCUCUUGGAGUAGCUGCAAUUGAAUCAUGCUAGGAACGGGAGAAAAGAAUGCACGCUGGUCCACAGAUUACUAUAGUAACAAGUGUGAUAUGGACCGGUAACUCAAAAGUUAACUACCGACAAAACGUAUUUCACUUAUACGUAAGAACAAAGACAGCACACUCAAGAACGUAUCUACGCGCACAACAGCAUGCGGCCGCAACAUACGCUUGAUUGUAUAUACACAAUAGAAAUUAUUAACUGUUGCAGAUCACAAUGUAGCUAUCUGUGCUGUUCUGUAUAUACACCCCCUGCUGCCUAUAUUUUCAUAAAAACAAAAAAGUCUAUACACAAAGAGGUGAAUGCCUACGAAGUGCGUUCUGAUUAACACACUUCGCAUUUUGUAUUCAUUACAAGUGAAGCACAAUCAUGCUAUAAGCAUCAAUGCAGGCAUAUCCCGUCUGUAAGUGAAUUCGAUUUAAUUAAAAAAUUUAGUUUGGCAGUAUUAAAGCAGCGGCUGUUCAGAAUAAGAUCGUGCCUAACCUGAGCUAUUUCCCAGGGCAGUUCUAUUAUAUGUCUAACCCUUCGCUUCCAUUAUGCGCCAGAAAUAGCUAAGUCUAUUGAACUGACUUCUGUGAUAGACGAGACAUGAAUCCUUCGAAGUUUACCGCCAAACGUUAAUCAACUAUAAAGAUUAUGAUAAAAGUUCUGUUAUAAAUCCCCAAUCAAAGUGCUAUGAAUAGAAAAAAUGGUAACGUGAUGUCACUGCAAAUUUCACGAACGGUAAUACGUCUGCCCGUCAAAGACAACAUACCAGUGCCGAAAAUAGUUGUCAUCAUGUAUUGUCACUAUAAAAAUUCGCAUUUUUACAAAUGCAUUUCUAUCUACAAUAUUUUUGUUCUGCUUAAUAAAUAAUGAAGCAAUGCAGGUUA